AUGUCCGGCUUGGUCUGCCUCUCCCUGACCGGCUCCCAGCUGGUGAGCCUUGCACGAGAAGGAACUGGAAAGGUGAUCCGGGUGGAGAAGUCCACGCUUACCCUCAUCUCCCGUAAAGUAAGGGGCACUGUGGAGCAACAGUGCCCCGUGCCUGACAGGCCAUCGUGGCCUAGGCUGCGAUGCAUGGCUACAGGCUGCCUAACCGACAGGGACACCUCCUCCACGAUGCCUGGAGCCGGCGCCAGCAACACCUUCGCCAGCCCCUGCGUCGUGCAGGAGGUUAUGGCAACCGGCGACGAACACGCCACCAAGACCACACGCGUCCGCGGCCCAAACCUGGAGCGCAACAUCGACGGCGACGCUUCCGGCUCCGGCCCAAAAGCACCGCCGCCACCUUCCCGACUGGAGGAAGUCCGGGCCAAGCUGAGCACCCCGCUCACAGCCGGCGCAGACCCCACCACCAUCAAGGCGGACCUCGAGGCGCACCGCCAACUCCUGCUGAAGCAAGCGGAGGAGGUGGCUGCUGCCAAGCGCCGGCUGGACAUCACCCAGCGUGAUUUCAACUGCGCCCAUGGCUACACGCCAACCGGCAACGACGCCAGCAGAGCCGGCAUGAUUCGCUGCAGGGGAGGCAGCCUAGCUGCGGAGAUCGAGUGCGAUGGUGCGGAAUCGCCGACUCCAUCCAUGGAGCUGCCCAUCUACAACACCCCCGAGAAGAACAUGCUCGCGGCCCAAGAUGCCGCGGAGGAGCUACGACACCUGGAGGGCGAGGAGUUGCACCACCAAACCAAGCGGGUAACCGAGUUACUCAACAUCGCCAACGCGCAGCAGGGUGCAGCCGGCAAGAACCCCAGGUACGCUGGUAAUGCCCCUAGUGCUUCUCCCGCCCCUGGUGCAGCCGGCAACAGCCGAGGUGGCCCCCGAGACACGGCGGAGUCGUCCUCUCCUGCGCCAAGCCGACGCAGGGACUCUCAGGCCACGCACGACAGCCCAAGCCGACAGAGCCGGCAGAGGAGCAGCGGAAGCGGCCGAAGCCGCCCACCACCAAGCCGGCGUGACGACUACGACUACGAGCAGCCGGAGGACAGGCGCCAGAGCCGGCCGGCUCCCGAGGCAAGCGGCGCUCGCCAGCCGGCCCGUUCCCGGCUGGGCCCGCGCGUCGAGCCGGUUGAUGCCCGAGAUCACUGA